AUGCUCAUGCAUAAUGCCAGAUCUGUGUUUUUUUUCCUAACCUUUAAUAUUCACAGUUUACCCUACAAGUUAGUAUCAGAUGUGGAUUGGGAUAAAUAUGUUGAAUGUACAGACAAAAAUAAUGUUCAUGAUAUUUGGGAAUGGAAUAAUAGAAG